AUGUCAUCCCUUCCAUGGCUAACCCUCUCCACCAUCAUUUGGCUCCAAGCCAUUGCCGGCACCAACACGGACUUCCCGGCCUACUCUUCCGAACUUAAGUCUCGGCUUCACAUAACCCAAUUCAAACUCAACAACCUCGCCGUGGCCUCUGAUGCCGGCAAACUUCUCGGCUGGUGCGCCGGUUUCGCCGCCAUCCGCUUGCCUCCAUUGUCCCUGCUGGUCCCUGCCAGCCAUCGGCUCCUCGCUUGUAUUUGCUGGUUAAAUGUGACGGGUUACAGAUCCGUUAUGCGACAGUUUUUGAGGACGGAUCAAGGCGCCGUUAUCGCGCUAACGACGAGUUAUAUGGGUUUGACGGCGAACAUCUACUUAGCUUUGGCUCAAGUUAUUGUGGGGAGGAGAAAUGCGACGAGGGAUAAGAGCAUAUACUUGAUGUUAAACGCUGUGACUCCGGCUGUGGUUGGCUUGUUGGUUAUGCCGGUGGUUGCGGCGAUGAGGGAAAAGCCGAGGAAUGUGAAGGCAGGGCUUUUGAUCAUGUUUGUUAUUGCAGGGACGACGGGUGCGUAUGCGGUGAUUGAGACGAUGUUUCCUGCAUUCAGGAAUUCGUCGGAGAUAUGGCCGGCGUUGAUUUUGUUGGUUUUGUUGGCGGUGGUGAUAGUGGUGCCGGUGUGGAAGGUGGGCGAAGGGGUGAUGAGGGUGGGGAGGGAGGGGGAGAGAGUUGGUGGUGAUGCGGAAGGAGGGAGAGAAGAGGAGGUAGACCGGGGGAAGUCGGAAAAUGUGAAUGAAGUGUGCGAGUUGGUAAAGAGGAUGAAUUUUUGGAUAUAUUUUAUGGUGUAUAUGUGUGGGGCGACGUUGGGAUUGGUGUACGGGAAUAAUUUAGGGCAAAUAUCGGAGUCGCGAGGGGUGUCGGAUUCCAGUUUGUUAUCUGUAUAUUCCUCUUUCGGAUUCUUUGGAAGGCUGGCCACCGCUCCGCUCUCUACUUUUUUCAGAAGCAAAUACAAGGCAACCAACACUGGCGCCAUUGCGGUUCUGAUGUUCUUCAUGUCUGUUUCCUUCUUCGUUCUCCUAAGCCCCAGCAACGCCGCCCUCUUCGUGAGCACAGCCAUCAUCGGCCUCGGCUCCGGCGCCAUAUCCUCCAUUGCCGUCUCAGUUUCUUCAGAGCUCUUCGGCCAAGAAAACUUCAGUGUGAACCAUAACAUUGUUAUUUCAAAUAUUCCAAUUGGUUCUUUCUUCUUCGGCUCCAUUGCCGCUCUCAUUUACGAUAGGGUGGGGGUUGAGGGAGGUAGAGGAGAAAGCCUCUGCAUUGCAAUUUUGAGCAUCGUUAUUUAUUUGAGAAGUUCUUCCUCUAGGCCAUCAUUCCAUGAGGGCGAUGGUGACCUUCCAAGUGAAGAAGAUGUCAUGGAAAUGCAACCCCAUGGUGAAGAAGCUACUCUGGAAGCAUAA